AUGAGCGACGGUGUAGAUUCCAAUAACCCUAAAAUUAUUAUCACUAGUGGCCACCCAAUUUCUGCAAUUUCCAACGCUAUCACUAGCAGUGACAGCGCCAAUAGUGCCGGCGUUGAUAACAGCAAGAGCAACAAGAAAGGUAAAGGCAAAGGAGGGCCGGAUAAUGGAAAGUUUAAGUAUAGAGGAGUGAGGCAGCGGAGCUGGGGCAAGUGGGUUGCUGAGAUCCGUGAGCCCAGAAAGAGAACACGGCGGUGGCUCGGAACGUUCGCCACGGCGGAGGAUGCAGCCAGAGCGUAUGACCGUGCAGCCGUUAUUCUAUAUGGGUCAAGGGCUCAGCUUAAUCUACAAACCUCAUGUGGUGGGGGACGUGCAAGUGACGGUGGUGGUGAUGGCGCAUCUGGUCAAUCCUCCUCCCGUUCUUCUUCGUAUUCUUCCACUCAAAACCUCCGUCCUUUACUGCCUCGCCCGUCUGGCUUUGGCCUUACAUUCUCAACUCCACCACUUCUGCCGCCUGUCGCCUCCUUCGGAGGGUUGGCAAAUUAUGUGCCGAAUGGAUUUUACCCGACCGAACAGCACCCUAACAUAGUACAUAGUACACAAAACCUGGGGUCAGUGCAUCAAAGGUACGGACCAAGCGACGUGAAGAAUAUUGAGUCUGCACCCACAAUUCCAAACCCUAAUAAUCAUCAACAGCAAAAUUUUCAAGAUUUGGAUUCUCAGCAGCGUCAGAACUAUUGUGUGUACGAUCAAAUCAACUCAAUUACAACAGUUGCGCCAAGCUUUUCUCAGGCCCUCACUGGACCUCUGGUGGCGCCUGACAUUUCAGAUCCGGUGGUGACUGGUUCCGCCGCCUCUCCGGCUUUAUGGCCAUUGACUAAUGAUGAUGAGUAUCCAACGGCAAAUAUUUGGGACUAUGAUGAUCCAUUUUUGUUCGAUAUUUGA